CGCCCGGGCGGGGGCAGGUCCGCGGCCUCUCUGCCGGCAGCACCACCUGUCGCGGAGCGAGACGUCGGGUGAAAGAAAAGAUGUUGUCCCGGUUAAGAGUCGUUGCCACUCCUUGUUCUCUGGCAUGCCGGCAUGUACACACAAAAGAGAAAGGCAAGCCACUCAUGUUGAACCCAAGAACAAACAAGGGAAUGGCAUUUACAUUACGAGAAAGACAAAUGCUUGGUCUUCAAGGACUUCUACCUCCCAAAAUAGAGACACAAGAUAUUCAAGCCUUACGAUUCCAUAGAAAUGUGAAAAAAUUAAGUUGCCCUUUGGAAAAAUACAUCUAUAUAAUGGGAAUACAAGAAAGAAAUGAGAAAUUGUUUUAUAGAAUACUGCAAGAUGAUAUCGAAAACCUGUUGCCAAUUGUAUAUACACCAACAGUUGGUCUUGCCUGCUCCCAAUAUGGACACAUCUUUAGGAGACCUAAGGGAUUAUUUAUUUCAAUCUCAGACAGAGGUCAUGUUAGAUCAAUUGUGGAUAACUGGCCAGAAAAUCAUGUUAAGGCUGUUGUGGUGACUGAUGGCGAGAGAAUUCUGGGUCUUGGCGAUCUGGGCGUCUAUGGAAUGGGAAUUCCAGUAGGAAAACUUUGCUUGUAUACAGCUUGUGCAGGGAUACGGCCUGACAAGUGCCUGCCUGUGUGCAUUGAUGUAGGAACUGAUAAUCCAGCACUGUUAAAAGAUCCAUUUUACAUGGGCUUAUAUCAAAAACGAGAUCGAUCACAACGUUAUGAUGAUCUGAUUGAUGAGUUUAUGAAGGCCAUUACUGACAGGUAUGGACGGAACACACUUAUUCAGUUUGAAGACUUUGGAAAUCAUAAUGCAUUCAGGUUCUUGAGAAAAUAUCGAGAAAAAUACUGUACCUUCAAUGAUGAUAUUCAAGGGACAGCUUCAGUAGCUCUCGCAGGUCUUCUUGCAGCACAAAAAGUUGUUGGUAAAUCACUCUCAGAACACAAAAUCUUAUUUCUUGGAGCAGGAGAGGCUGCUCUUGGAAUUGCAAAUCUUAUAGUUAUGGCUAUGGUAGAAAGUGGCCUCCCAGAAGAAGAGGCACAAAAGAAAAUUUGGAUGUUUGACAAGUUUGGUUUAUUAUUUAAGGGGCGGAAAGCUAGAAUAGACAGUCAUCAGGAAUCAUUUGCGCACUCAGCCCCAGAGAGCAUACCUGAUACUUUUGAAGAUGCAGUAAAGAUACUUAAACCUUCAGCUAUAAUUGGAGUUGCAGGAGCUGGCCGGCUUUUCACUUCUGGUGUAAUCAAAACCAUGGCUGAUAUCAACGAAAGGCCUAUAAUCUUUGCAUUAAGCAAUCCUACAACAAUGGCCGAGUGUACAGCUGAAGAAGCAUAUACACUUACAGAGGGAAGGUGUUUGUUUGCCAGUGGCAGUCCUUUCGAGCCGGUGAAACUAAGUGAUGGGCGAGUGUUCACGCCAGGCCAAGGCAACAAUGCGUAUAUUUUUCCAGGAGUGGCUUUAGCUGUUAUUCUCUGUCACACCCGGCAUAUUAGUGACCAUGUUUUCCUAGAAGCUGCAAAGGCACUGACAAGUCAAUUGACGGAUAAAGAGCUAGCUCAAGGGAGACUUUAUCCCCCUUUUUCCAAUAUUCAGGAAGUUUCCAUUAACAUUGCUAUUAAAGUUACAGAAUACCUGUAUGCUAAUAAAAUGGCUUUCCGAUACCCAGAACCUGAGGACAAGGCCAAGUAUGUUAGAGAAAGAAUAUGGCGAAGUGAAUAUGACUCCAUGCUGCCAGAUAUGUAUGAAUGGCCAGAAUCUGGAAUAAGCCCUCCCGCGCUACCAGAAUAGACGCACCCACCAAUAAAUACUGUCUGUGCUUCAGGGAACCCCUUUUUUCAGACAAAAAUAUAAUGUUCUCAAAUUUA